CUGGCCCUGUAGAAGUUAUACGUCUACGUUCGGUUACUAUGGAAACGGGACGCUGAGGCUGCUGUACGCAAUAAUUAAAAGAGUGACUAUGGGUAAAAAGACAGAGAAAGUGCAAAAAGACAAAGUAGGAGCGGGGAACAUUGACGACGAAUCCAGAAAUUCAGCCCAUGCUUCUGUGGAAAGGGCAUCACUGACAGUUGAAGAUUACCAAUGCACAGGCUUCCUGGAGCAGGACUUUACUGAGCUGUGCAGUCGAGCAGGUUUCAACGAGAACGAGAUCCCCAGAAUUACAACGGGUCACCGAUCUGCUGUUACUCCAACAUCCGACAAAACCACUCUAGAUGAUUCCGAUGGUGCAUCAGAUAAAGACAACCCUGGAGGUGGCAGCUGCACAAAAGACAAGUUCAGUUACUUCAAGCCAAAGAUUGAAGUGGAAACAGAGGGGGAAGACGGAAAAUCAGUGAAAAGGAUUUUUGUUCAUGGAUGGAAAAUAGACCACAGGAUGAUGGGAAUUUUCUCUAAGUGUCUGCCUGCACUCACAACUCUUCAGGGGAUUAGCCUUUGGAAUGUCAAUUUAACUGAAAGCACCUUCUCUCAGUUACUGGAAAUUCUGCCGCGCUGCUCAAAUCUCAAGACAAUUGCAUUGGAAGGUAAUCCUUUGCCGGAGCAAUCCUAUUAUAAGCUGAUCUCUGAGCAUUUACCACUGGCGCGUAUAUCACUGAGGAACAACAUGAUCAAUGAUGAAGGAGCCAAACUCAUCAGCCAAGCCCUCCAGUCAUUAAAGACAACCAACAAAAAUUUGUCAAUGUUAAACCUCAGCUUCAACCACAUUUCAGACGUUGGUGCUGGUUAUUUGGCAGAGGCCUUAAGAAUGGAUCGCUCAUUGCUGUGCCUGGAUUUGUCCCAUAACCAAAUCGGAGACCAAGGAGCUCUGGCAUUAGCUGAGGUCUUGGGGCCUUUUUCCUUAACCCACAAAGAGAUUGUGGAAAGGAGACGACUAUUAAUGGAAAAGGACAGCCACGAGAUGCCGAGAUCACCGGCAUUAUCACGUAACGGAGACGCUAAAAACGAUCGCCCACAAAGCCACCAAAGCACUGCGGCUGUUGAAAAACCCGAAAAGGCACAAGUUGCAAGUAAGACGAACAAGAGCGUGGCCAAAAAGAAAGACAAGGAUAAGGAACCUCAGAAGAAAGAGGAAAAGUCCACAGGCAGCUUACAGAGUGGCGGGAACUCCACUGUAUCAAGUCAAGCUCAGGCCAAGAAAGAGGAGCCCAAAACAGCCAAGAAACAACUAUCCAACCCUGAGCAAAAGAACUCGAAAGUGAAGCCUGUGAGGUCAGCAUCCAAACGGGUCCCUUUAACAGAGCAUGAGCUCCAUGUGGAACCAGCUGAAAUCACUCACCCUCUACUGGAGCCGGCCCAAUCCCGGCAUGGCAAAGUCUUCCUCUCCGGAAACAGAGUUCUCAUCAACCUCAACCUUCUCAGGAAUAGAAUCACAGAGAAGGGGCUGAAUGGGCUGUUGGCUGCAGUAGAGACUCAAGAGAACAAGCCAAUCCCAGGAAUCAGGGGCCACACUGGGCUACUCCGUCUGUCUGUGGGGAAGAACCACUUCACUCCGGAAAACGAAAGCUUCAUAAAGCUGCAAGAGCUAAUGCUUUCCCGGGACCCGAUACACAAACGAUCCCGAUUCUCAGUGGAUGAGCAGAUACAGUAACACAAGUUCAUACACAAUCAUUUGGUGCCAUAGAACAAUUCAGCAAUACAUGUGAGCCCUGUACAUCAGUCUAAUCAGCUCGACCCCAACCUGCAUUUCUACCUGCUCCCCAAAUGCUUCAUCUACAACCCAACCUUCUGCCCUACAGCAAUCUUAAAACCAUAAGUGAAGUCAUCAUAACCGUGACAUCAUCUUGACACUGCAAGUGAUAUCAUUUAACACAGGUGGAAGGAAGCUCAUUUUGCAACCUUAAAGUCGACCUGUCACCCAGACAUAAAAAUCUGUAUAAUAAGUCCUUUUCAAAUUAAACAUGAAAUCCAAAUUA